CUCAUUUUACUCUGGGUGUGUAUUCGAGAGGGGAUGUUACGUCAGCGCGUCUUGGCGUGAGACGGUGCUAUUCCGCCGAUGCUAUAGCAGCUUCCGGCUGUGUCUGGCUGUUGAUGUCCAUCUGACGCUGUGUUGCGUUCGAAGCCGAGCAAGCUCCGGAGGUGUCCAGAGGAUUUCCAGUAUUUGCCGCGGUGACCUUAACAGCCUGCCAAGAUGGCGAUGCAAGCGGCCAAGAGGGCGAACAUUCGACUUCCACCUGAAGUAAAUCGGAUUUUGUAUAUAAGAAAUUUGCCAUACAAAAUCACAGCUGAAGAAAUGUAUGAUAUUUUUGGGAAGUAUGGACCUAUUCGUCAGAUCAGAGUGGGGAACACACCUGAAACUAGAGGAACAGCCUAUGUGGUCUAUGAAGACAUCUUUGAUGCCAAGAAUGCAUGUGAUCACCUAUCAGGAUUCAAUGUUUGUAACAGAUACCUUGUGGUUUUGUACUAUAAUGCCAACAGGGCAUUUCAGAAAAUGGACACAAAGAAGAAGGAGGAACAGUUGAAGCUUCUCAAGGAGAAAUAUGGUAUCAACACAGAUCCACCAAAAUAAAUGUUUAUUGCAUUUUCAUUUUGGACUAAAACCCAUAGUGACCACCACCACCUUUUUUUUUUCUUUUUAAUUAAUACUGGAUAUU